AUGAAAAAGUCGACAAUCAAGCGAAGGAAACGAGUGAUUCCCUCUUCGUUUGGCGGCGAGUGGACUGAAGAGAUGCUCGACGGAUCAGAAACGCAGAGCAUGGCGCCUGAGGGCAGCCCGGAAAGAGGCACGAUGAACGAGGACGGGUCUAUCAAUCUGGGUUUUCGGCAUCGCCAGGAGGGCCCCCUGGCUAUGCUACCAGAUCCUCAGAUGCGCCCCAACAGGCAAGGGUCCCCUCUGCCAUCGGCGACCGACCUGGCAGCCUAUCAAUCAUCGAUGCCGCGGACGUCGCAUCCCUACCCUGGAUCGCUGAACGACGACAACCGACUUGCGCCGAUCACAUCGCUGACCGCAAUUGGCGAACGUCAAUCGUCUCUGUCGCCUGCGUCGUUUCUCCCUCCAUCGCGCAAACGGUCCUUGUCUGCUGAAGGAAACCCGGCGGGUGAUGGUGGCCCCGACACCUCGAAGCGGCUGUCGUCCAUCAAGUCGAUCCUGAACCCCACCGACGGGGACGAGAGCCCUACCUACCACUCCGGAGGCGAGGACGCCGCUGAGCACUACGCCCGAUCUGCAAUGUCUCCCGCCGGCUCGGCGCCGAGUCCAGGGUCCUACUCCAACACUCGCCUGACGCCCCUGCCCUCGCCGGGGCCCAGCAGCCAGACAAGCCAUCCGGGCUAUGGCAACCAAGAGAGUGAGAGGGCAAGGGCCGAGAAGAGGGCCGCUCUGACUAGGGAGGCGGAACGGAUGAGGGAGAUGCUCGCUGCGAAGGAGCGGGAACUUGCGGAACUGAACGACUGA